AUGCCUACCGUUCUCUGCCCACACUUUGAUCGAAGACUUUGCCGGGUCCCUCCGGAGGGACAAACCGAGGAGCAUAACAAGAGAUACCAUGAGAAGAUUGCGGUUCUCGUUCAACGACCCGGACUCCCCGAUAUCAUGGUUGAACGCAGCGAGGAACACGAUAAUCAUUAUCCAUGUCCGUCCACCCAAUGCCAAGUAACCACCAAUGUUCGUCAGAAUGUGUUGAAGCACAUUGCUGUCUGCCGUUUUGUACGUGCCGAUGACACCGCUCGCUUCCGUUUACUCCGCCAACAACUAGGACGACAGCAGCGGGCGCGUCAGGCUCCCUACCCAGCGACAAGUGCCUCUUCAAGCGCAAGUUCAGGCCAUCGAGCUCCCAUGAAUCCAUUUCUACAGCCCGACAUCGACAUGGACGGCUCCAACGAGGAGCAAGUGCAAGGCAUGGUUCGGUUCCAGAACACCGUUAUGACCCUUCUUGGGUACAGUCAGAUGGGGUCUGAGCGGCUCUAUCAGAUCGAGGACAGCAUCGAUAGUCUCAAGACCGACCUUUCGACAUCGUUUAAACAACUAAUGGAUAAUAACAAGGACCUUUCCGCCAAGCAAAACAAGAUCUUUGACAACACUGUGAAACUGAUGAACAUGACUGAGGGACUGCUUAACAGGAUCGAGAAGUUCACAUUUGAGAGGCCUGGGUGGCAGACAGAUUCACAGGAAGGAUUCAGCAUGCCAGGAAGUUCUGUCGAUGGACGCUUUGGGCUUGGUGUCGACCCGAGACGCUACAUCCCGCAUCUUGAUGACCACGAUCAAGUUAUCUCAGAGUCCGAGUCCCCAGAGUAUGAAAAUAGCAUGGAAAGAAACAUGGCGCAGGCUCAAGUUAUUGCACGCCACAAUGAGGAAUUCUCGCGUGGAAUGGAUGGAGAAGAGAAUGAAAUGAACACAGUAAAGGUGAAGAAGGACUCACACGACAUGGAGGAUGCAGCUGAGGAGAUGGGGGAAGUGCAUAAGGAGGAGGAUGUGAAGGAGGAGGCGGAGGAGUGA